UAAACAGUGAAGUGAACGCACGACGAGUUGCUAAUGUGGAGCAAUGUUUUGGAAAAAUGGCCAAACCAUUAAGUUUAUUUGGGCGAGUGCUUGUUGGUGAGGGAGUGCUGGUGAAAAUGUGUAGGAAGAAACCGAAACAGCGCCAGUUUUUCUUGUUUAACGAUAUACUGGUAUACGGAAAUAUUGUGAUCUCGAAAAAGCGAUAUAACAAGCAACGGAUUAUUCCACUGGAGAACGUGGAGCUAGAAGAUCUUCCCGAUGAAGGAG